CGCCGACUCGCGCCGAUCUAGUCGACUGCGAUGGCGGCGCUGAUGAGGCAUGGCGUUAUCCAAACCGUCCGAAUGCGGCCAGCGACACACGUGCUGGGGCUGGCGACCAAGGCCGGGAAGAAGAAGGGCAGUCCGGACAGGAGGCAGCCCCCAGGGAUCGACUCGACGGCACAGAGUAUCGCGGCUAAAGGGUUCCUGAGGCCGCAGAACAGCUACACUCCGCCGAGCGACGUGGAAAAUAAGCUAGACGGCGUUUUCGAGAAAAUUCUAGGCAGCUCGAACGGCGACACGCCCGUCGGCGAUCUCACUCAAAAAUUCCAUCUAUGUAGCGCUUGUGCCAAGGAAUUCGAUCAUCCAAUUCCGAAUUCGCUUCUGCAUACUAUCGAGACUUUAAACGAUAUUAAGAAGUUUUACCGGACUCCUGUUGAUACGAUUACGCCUCUGGACAGAAUGCGCGACAUGGAGCUGCCGGAGAACUUGCACGUGCAGUUCGACUAUCACCGGUUUCUUCCUGAGACCGACACGAUGUUCAAGGGACAGACGGCGUUUAAUAGGAGUUCGACGCUGGUGACGGGGUUGAAGUACAAGAAGAAGUAUAAGGGGCAUGUUCAGAGCCAGGAGUGGCCUUUGAAUUCGUGAAUGGAUGGUAGUUGAAUUAGUAUUAUUAAAUGAAUUGGAGGAAA